AUGGACCUGAAGCCGCAAAAUAUUCUCAUUAGUGGAAUCGCUUUUGUCAACCUUCUGAAUGAGCUAAACUCAUUUAAAGUGUGGCGAAAUGUGGUACUCAAAGUAAUUGAUUUCGGCUUUUCUCAGCAUUUGAGCGAUGAGGAGAUUGCAACUUCUUAUCGAGGCUCGCCACUGUACAUGGCGCCGGAAAUUUUAGUUGGCCACGAAUACGACGCUCGAGUUGAUCUCUGGUCGAUUGGUAUCAUCCUCUACCAGUGUCUAUUUGGCUGUACGCCCUACCAGUUCACUUCUACGGAUGACAUAAUCACCAAGUUUAAGAGGAACCAAAUUCACAUUUCAAUUCCCACUAAACCGAAAAUCUCAGCCAAUUGUCGUGACUUACUGAAACGACUACUACAGUUUGAUCCCAAAGUACGCAUCUCCUUUGAUGCCUUUUUCAACCACCCGUUCCUUGAUCUCGAGCACAUGCCAUCGGCGGAAUCAUUUGAAAAGGCUAAAUCAAUCGCAUUAGAAGCGGUCAAAGAGGAACAGAACAAAAACUACUUAACAGCUUUUCACCUGUAUCGUGAUGCAGUCUUCUACCUAAUGCCACUGCACAAGUGGGGGGUUCCAGGACAAUUUUCAAGGGGCACAAUGCAAAAGCCACUGAUGGACGCAAUAUUGCAGUAUAUGGAGAGAGCAGAGCUACUGCAAAAAAAGUGCAACAUAAAGAGCGUCGAUCCGGAGAUGAUGACGCAGAUUCAGGACGUCUACAAUAUGAUUGACGCUGCGAGGGAGCACUCUGAAAAUGAGCUUUUUGAACAGUCAAUACAGCAAUACGACGCGGCAAUUGAGAAAGCACUGAAGAUACUAAAAAAUUCAGACUCCUCAACAAGGACAGAGUUCUUUGGCGAAAUCAACAACUGGAUAACAGAGUACGAACAUGCUAAGGAAAAGUUGAAGCCCAAGUCACCUAGUGUAGAGCCGAAGAACUUCAAAACGGGCUCUUUAAGGCACUCCAAGUCAGAAAAAAGAAACCCGGGGGAUGAUGACGAUGAAGCGGGCACUGUUCAGUUUAUCACAUCUGCAUCUACAAACACAAAACCUCGCCAAGUGAAACCCAAACGAUCCAAAUGGCGGAACAUAAUUUCAGUCAACUCUGAUUUACCAAAAGACGAGUUCGCCACUCAAGAAUCAGAUAAAUGCUAUGUCCAGUAG